AGUUUGCGCACGCAGAAGUUGAAGAUUUAAAAGAGCAAGUUGAAAAUGCUAAGAAUUCGGAAGAGGAAAAUCGAAAUAGAAUUGUCGAAUUAGAGGAAGCAAAUCGACGCCUACACGAGAGCGUCAUCGAUCUGAAAGCUCGAUCAAUGCGCGAUAACCUGCUAUUCUUUAAUGUCGAAGAAGAGGAAAAGGAAAAUACCGAUGAGAAAAUUGUUCAGAUUCUCGAGGAGAAAUUAGAGAUUCCCGAUGCCAGGAAUAAGAUAAAAAUCGACAGAACACACCGAGUCGGAAGGAAACGCAACGCGCAACGUAAACCGAGAGCAAUAGUCGUUAAAUUCAACUACUUUCGAGAUCGUGAAUUUAUCCGCCAAAACGCCAUAAACCAGAGCACAGAAAACCAAAUAUUCGACCGGUCGAGAGGACGGGGGAGGAGAGCUCGAGUAUCAGUUCUCGUGACAGCUCGAACGACGAAGACUUCAUCCAACAUCUUCCAAUCAGACAAACAACUCGAUUGAAUACCAAGAAAAUUUCUAAAUUGUGUACAGUAAUGAUCAAUGAUGUGGCAACAGAAAUUGAACCCGACACGGGAUCGGAUGCAAAUAUAAUGGAUGAAGAGCAAUUUGAUCGACUCCAGAAAGCGAGAUCUGAAAUUCGGCUGAAGAAAUCCAGAACAAAGCUGCGAGCACUUCUUAAAGACAUCCCGGUACUAGGAGAAUGCUCUGUGACCAUCAGAAACCAAACGAGGCAGACACGAACACGCAUUAUCGUUAUUAGGGGCAAAAUGGAUUCUUUGCCACUGAUCGGAAGACCCACCUUAUCCAAUUUAGGCAUGGUUCUCAUCGACGAGACUGGAAACUUAGAAAACUCCAGGGAAAAAGAUACACACAAAGUAAAGAAAACAGACGCAACCUACCCAAAACUCGAAGAAAUCCUCGGAAAGUACGAAGGAAGAUUCCACGGAGUAGGAAAGGCGGAAAGAGACGGAGACGUUAUUGAAAUCCAUUUACCCAUGAAUGAGGAUGCGACGCCGAUAGCUCAGAAACCAAGACGGGUGCCGUAUUACUUACUACAGCCUUUGGAGCAGCGCAUUAUUGAAUUCAUCGAAAGUGACAUCAUAGAGAAGGUCCCCGAACAAGAAGCGGUCGGGUGGUGUUCACCUCUCGUGGUACAACCGAAAGCGAAGAAUCCUAAGGACAUCCGAGUGAGUCUCGAUCUCCGAAUUCUAAAUCAGUCUAUGGCACGCACAAGGCACGUACAAUCACCCAUCACCGAAGACUUUGCAAACGAAUUUAAGGACUGCAUCAAUUCGCGCUCGAUGAAGAAUCUAGAAAGAUAAUGACAUUCUCAACGCCCUGGGGGAACUAUAGAUACAAAAGACUUGCAUUCGGUGGCAAGAACAGACAAGAUCUUUUUGAUGCGGAGAUCGCAAAGAUAAUCUCGGGUAUACGUCAUGUCUUAAACAACCGCGACGACAUCAUGGUCGGAGGUAAAGAUUGGGAAGAACACAAUCGGAACCUGGAAACACUAUUCGAACGACUCUCAAUCCACAACAUAACGCUUCGAAAGGAGAAAUGUGAAUUCGGUCGGACAUCGCUAGAAUUCCAUGGUCAUUACUUCACCAGCGAAGGGCUGAGACCAAGUCCCAACAAGAUCAGAGCUAUCCAGGAAAUGGAAAGACCGAAAAGUAAAGAAGAGUUGGUAUCGUUUAUCCAAAUGAUGGCAUAUCUGUCCCGAUUCAUCGAAAAUUUCUCCAGCAGAUCAGAACCACUUAGGCGGAUAACGAAACAAGGUCAUCGUUUUGAAUGGAAUCAAGAGCAACAGAUGGCGUUCGAUGAUCUGAGAAAUGCAAUGACAAGAGCACCUGUACUCGCACCAUACCACACCGGAAGGAAGACCCUUAUUAUCUGCGAUGCAAGUCCAGUCGGUCUCGGAGGCGGAUUAUUCCAAAAGACAGCCCAUGGAUAUCAACCAGUCCAUUAUGUGAGUAGAACACUGACAGAGACUGAACGAAAGUAUUCCCAAAUCGAACGAGAAGCCCUUGCGGUAGAAUUCUCAACAAACCAACUGCAAAUGUACCUGGCAGGGUCACAACAAUUCCAGAUAGCGACGGAUCAUAAACCGUUAUUACCAAUCUUCAAUAGCCCAAAUGCGAAACUACCACUAAGACUAGAACGGUUAAGGAUGAAGACACAGCAUUUAGAUUUUGUUAUGAUACACAUACCAGGGAAAUCGAACAUGACCGACUACCUAUCCCGUCACCCACUACCAGAUAUCGAAGAGACACAUUUAGAACACCAUGUAAGAGCUGUGAUCGCAACCGAACAUGCCGUUGUAUUAGAUAAGAUACGUGAAACUAGCAACGACAACGAGUUACAAGCACUCAUUCAGGUAAUCAGAACUGGUAAUUGGGAAAACACAGCCAUGGACUUGAAACAGCGGAAGAAAAUAAUCAGUGUUGCGCACAAGCAAGGCCAUCUUGGCAGCAGCAAGACGAAGGAAAUGAUCCGAAACAAGUAUUGGUUUCCCUCGAUGAAUAUUCAGAUCGAGAAUAUUGUACAAGCCUGCUUUAGCUGUCAGAUAGCAACAAAUACGUUCCACGCUGAACCGGCGAAAAUGACAAAGAUCCCGCAACAACCAUGGGAAGUUGUUGAACUUGACUUUUGCGGACCGUUUCCUAAUGGAGAAUACGCCAUGGUACUUACAGAUCAAUUUUCUCGCUACCCAGAAGUCGAAUUCACUCGCUCGAUAGCAAUUGCACCGGUGAGAGAAAGCUUGAAGAAAGUAUUCGCAACGCACGGAGUCCCAAAAGUUGUUCAAACGGACAAUGGACCACCAUUUAAUUCACGUGAAUUCAAGCAACUUGCUGAUGAAAUGGGAUUCACUCAUAAAUCUGUCACGCCGUACCAUCCAAAAGCACAAGGGCAGGUGGAAAACUUCAACAAAUUAAUUAACAAGGUCGCCGCAAUUUCAAAACAAGAUCAUGAAAAGGUAUAAGACAUAUAUCAAAAUUUAAGUUAAAAAUGGUGCAUAGAUGAUACUGUGACUUAUUCAAGAUGUAUAAUAGCUCUUUUACUUUUUAAGUCAUAGUAAAUCAAACAGUCGUACUUUUUUGCCCCGCCCG